CUCGUCAAUAUCUUUUAAGAUUGAUUCGCUCUGUUUUAAAUUCUCCCGUGUGUCCCUAGUGCAUUUGAUAAUUCUACGGUUUUAUUCCCGUCGCACUGAAAAAUGUAUUUUUUUUGUUACUCACAAGCAACAAGAGUCAUCCACCUCGUGUAUGAUUUCGCAGCCAGUUUUUUCUGGUAGAAAUUAUUCCGAAUGCUCAUGUAGAAUUAUGUGUCUAGUAUGAAUUGGCAGUAGUUUCUCGUUGUUGUGCAGCAUCUUGGUCUUCGUCUUCAGUGGGAAUCAUUUAUAGGCCAUUUUUCUCGUCCACAUCAAAUUCAAUAUCUCCAUUUAGUUCAUCAGCAGCUUGCCGCUAUCUGAUUCCCGAUGAUCUCGUGCCUCCAGAGAUUGCGCCACUUGACGCUUUUUCGAUCGGUUUCGCAGCUCUUCGGGAGUGCAAAACAACUAUCGAAAUCAAGAAGAAACGGGACCGCAUUCGUCAAAUCUUGACCUUGGGCGACAUCUCCUGGUGGCAUCGUAUCGAAGAGGCGCUCGCGACGGCGUCUGCCAGCCUGGAUCCGAAUCAAGGUGCCGGUAUGGACCUCUUAGAGAUGCAAGAGGCAAUGGAUCGCCUCGAGCGGGAACAAGAGCAACUGUGCCCUCGAGAAUCGUUUCAUUGUCUGUUGAGUCCUGCUUUCUUGCGCUUCUAUGACAAAUACCGAAAGGCCGCCCGAGAGCAGGACGUCGACGCACAGACAUCAGCAGAUGAAAAUGAGUUACCAGAGGAAACAUUUGAUAUGAGCACUUUUCUCGCAGAACUCGACCGGCAGCAGGCAAGUGCGAACUUUCAACGCUACUCGGAUGUUGGAGGUCCGCUUGUGUCGCUGAGAAGCGGAAUGGCCCCCGACUACUUACAGCUUGAGAACUUUCGUCUUUUCCCGCCGUUGUUACGGCCUGACCUGGUUCUCACUGCGCUGGCCGACAGCAUUACAACAGGCUCGAGCAAGGACGGCGGCGAUACGAAAAGUCGUGCGGCCGGGGGCCAUACCAGUGAAGGAGCUUCCGAUGAGGAAAACGACGAGGAUAUCAGGACCGCCUCCGAACGUCUCCGAAAUUUCGUAUCUGGCACGAGUGGUACAAAUGGAGGCGGUCCCGCCUCCGCAGCUAUGCGUGGUGCGUGUGCAUUCGAUACCAAUGCGGUGAUCGAACGUCAGCAAGCGCGGCAGCGAGAGAUUCAGCAGAAGCUCGCGAAAGCUAAGCGACGCAUUGCCGAACUGAAGGAGCGCAACCCGGACACAUGCCUCAUCUGUUGCGAAACAGCUCACGACGUGACUUUUUUACCGUGCGGCCAUCAAGUCGCGUGUGCGCAGUGUGCCAACCAUAACUUGAUGCAUAGGUGCCCCCUGUGCAGGCAACCCAUUGAGCGAAAGCAGCGGGCGCGCCGAGCGUCGUCCUAAUGGUGCACUGAAUAAGUAUCCCGAGAUGGCCCAUUCGUGUCCGUCUGAAGAAAUACUAUGUAUGUGAGCGUCAGCGACAGUAUCCAUCAGUUAUAGUUUUUUUCUUCCUAGAAGCAAGCUGUAGCUUUUUUCAUUUAUUCUCCACGCACCCAGGUGGAGUGGAGUGAAAUAAUUAUACAACGAAUGAGUCAAUAAACAUAAAGUCGGUGAUGUCAGUGAUUAUUUACUUGGAACAAAAAGAAAUAAAUGCUUCUAUUAUAUUUCGACAAGUAGCACAUGUCCUCGUGAGUAGCACCACCGUGGUAAAUAACGUGUGUGAAGAUAUGACUACAUAACUCGGGAUCAAAUGCAGACUAUCCAGAUAAUAGAAUAAUUUAUCUGGGUGUCGC